AUGAAUACAAGAGACAAGUAAUGAAACUUAUGAUUUGUGGCAUUGUCAAGGAAACAUUUUGAUUGUAACCGUAAUACCACGUGACAUACAUGCCAAAGUGGCCCCGCUAACCUACUUUAACUAGAACUGGUGCCCCGCGUGACUUAUCGUUGUCGUGUUAUGAUACCACGUAUCAAAUCAUUGCCCUUUAUCCGAACCAAAGUCAAAGCCCAAACCAGCCAAAAGCCCAAAUAAACAAAAUCUAAAAUAGAAAACCUUCUUCCAAGCCCACAACCAUCUUAGGCCUAUUGGAUCUUUUAACCGGUUCAGUGACCCGUCCGACUCAACACAUUUACAAGUCAAGAGAUCCACGACCACCGUCUGGACGCCGCUUGAAACUUUCCCGAGAAAAUCGAGGAGAGAAAGCGAGAGGGAAAAUGGCAGGGAAUACUUGGGCCUAUGUCCGGAUCAUCUCCGGCACCAUUCUCGGUGGCAUUCUCGGCUUCUACGUCAUGGACCGCGCCGAGAAAAGCUACAAGGAGAAAGUGCAGGAGAGGCUGAGAAAGUAUGAAAUUGAAAUGAAGAAGAGAGAGAAAUUGGACGAGUUUGAAGAGUCUCUGUAGAUUUUAGCUUUUUUUUUUUUUUUUUUUUUUUUAAUCAUUUUUGCUCCUGUUUUUGUUGAGAAAUUGAAAUUUUGGACCACAUUGUCAAGAGUUGUAUAACGUUUGUAAUUGUACGAGAAAUUUUCUGUUUCGGUGACCGCACUCUAACGGUUUUA